UUCCACAACCGCUUUCUCUCCCGUUGCGCUUCUCUCUCUGUCUCUUCGCUUCAUCUUCUACUCGCUGUCCUUUAUUCACAUUCGGUAUCAUAUUUUACUUUUUUAUACUUGUUGGGUUCCACGCAAAGAAAAUAUACAUACACGCAUGCCACGCGUGUAUAAGGAUACAAGAUGUAUCAAGCAUACAGCGACCCUCCAAUCGAGAGCCGUAGCAAGAGAAAUGAAAGGGGCAAGGGGCAAAGGGGAAAGUGCAAGAGAGCAAGAGAAAUAGAAGGGGGGAAAGAAACAAAUGGUGGGAGAUGGAAGAGAGAGGAGAGAAGCAAUAAUCCCGCCAUCUGCUGCAAGAGCGAACGACGCACGCUACCCCACGAUCGCGCGCGCGCGCGCGCGCGCGCGUUCUUACGAAACAGCGCAUCUGAACGUUCUGAACUCGUCGCUGAACAGUUCGGUGCUUCAACAGUUCGGCACCGAUUCGUACCGAGUUGAUUAUCCUGCUGUUCGCGCGCGCUUGCUCGCUCAUCCGCGUCUUUCGUCGCCGCCAUAUUAGCAACUUGAGAUAUAUAUAUAUAUAUAUAUAUACCACGUACUAAUAAUAAGUUCAGAUUACGUGUGACUAGUAGUAAGACGACAAAUCACAACCGCGGCCACCAUCGGAGAUUGCGCAUCUAACCGUCAAGAAUUUUGCUCAAAUCAAAGUACAAUUCGACGAGUGUAGUAGUACUGUAUACAUGAGCGACCAGCAGUGAUCAAGCCAUAAUAAUGUCAGCCAUGUUUAAUCAUAUAUAAGAGAAAGCCCCUCCCCGAGGGAAGCGCGGGAGUAUGAUUGUACUCACGCUAGCAUAAAACCGACAACAGGAGGGAUCGACUAAUACGGCGUACCUAGUUACUCUCACGCAAAACGUAAAAGAAAAGAAGAACAUCGCCGCAAUCCACGAGAUCCAAGAGAACCGAUUUCCCCCGCCUAUAUCGCCCGGUGCGCGCCAAGAAGAUACAACACUAACAAACGCGCGUGUUUAAUUGAUUUUACCUACCGCUGAACAGUGAAUUUACCGAUUCGUAGCGUUUUAAAGCAAUGUCAAGUUGCCGGUGUGUAUAAUCUAUCGUGAUCAACAUCUCAUGUUCCGAUCUUGCGCAUCUAAAUCCGUCGCAUUCAUCUACGUGACUAAUAAAGCAGCUAUUCGCUCUUGAAUUGAGACUCGAUGCGAGACUCCGAGUUGGUUCGGUAAAAAUUACGAUUCGGUAAAUUACAAUCCGUGAUAAUACGAUAUCGUGUUGCCGAUUAGUGUGCCCGGUGGAAUUUUAACUUCGGAAUUCAAUUAAGGAUAAACCGAUGUUGACGAUUUUAUGACAAUUCACAUUGUUGAUAACAAUGCCUAUUGGAAAUGAACAAUCCGCUGGAUCACGAUUUUGAAACAUUUAAAUUUUCUACGCAAAAUAAGAUCUGUAAAGACGGCGCUGUGGAGCUGUUACAAAAUUUCGACGAGCGUGCGGGCACUCCCAGCUCGCCGGAUGACAGCUUGAGCGAUCAGCAAUUGUUGCUGGAUUGCGGGAUUUGUGGCCAGCAAUUCGCUUCCAAGAAACAGUUGCGUACCCACAUUCAUACUCAUCUGAGGAAACCUCGCAUUGUCCUCAGGAGAGUGACUGGUCCAAAGGUAGUGAAGGUGAGAAAGCCGUGCGAAGACACAUAUUGGUUGGAUCCUGAGAAGAAGGGUUUGCUGAAGCUUACUCUGAAGAAACAGAGCAUCUCCGAGUCUCUGAAGCUUACAUUGAAGAAAUCUUCAGAGUCGGAGGAUUUUACCGUAGUAAAUAGUAAUUUUAAUCCAGUUAUCAAGGACCAUCAGCAAGGAGAAGUGGCAGGUGCUAAAGAGAAUGAUCAAAAAAAUAACAAGACAGCGAAAGGUUCAGUUAAUGAACCUUUUGAAAACGUGAUGGUGGACCAACAAGAUGAUUAUGACAACAUUAAAUUUGAUGAAGAAGAUCAUAAUCCUUUGGAGGAGAAUGAAAGACCAUCCAUAGAUGUUAAUGAGGGUGAUUCUGGUGUAGGAAGUGAUAUGGUAAAUCCAUCUGAGAAGGAAGAUCAAAAUGUUGACGAUAUACAAAGUACUGAUAACUAUGACAAUUCUGAGAAAAGGCUGUCAGAACCUGAGGAUCACGAGGAGUCGGAUGCUUUAGAAGCAACUUGUAGAGAAACUAUUGAAAAUUUGAAAAAACUCGGAGAGCAGUCGAAUUCUAGAUCAACAAAUCAAUUGAUCGACAAUUCGGCUGCUGAGGAAGAAGAUGAUAGAAACCAUGAUUCCGAUAUGAUACAUACUCUUGGACAGAAUCCUUCCAUCAGCAUUAUUCCAAAGUCUUCCACAUUUUCCAAUCAUUCGACGGAAUGCGACAACGAAAAUAAGAGUAGAGAUUCGACUGAGCAGCAAGCACAAGAUUUCAAUUGGAAUCAAUUAUCCACCGACUUGUCCAGCAAAAGCAAUGAAGAUCUUAAUAAAGAGGACGGCGAGCAACAGGCGGAUACUGGCAGUGACGCUAGCAUGGAGAACACCGGAUCGCUCUUACAUAACUUUCUCAUGGAGCAUCAGAGACGUAAUCGUAACGAGGUCUCUUUAUCAAACAAUUUGUCUAGCGAGACGUCGGAGUACGUGCCCCUUGAGAAACUGGCAGAGACUGUCAGCACGUGUCGCAUUUGCAACGAGAAGUUUAAAGAUAUCGCGCAUUUAGAUGAACAUCGUAGUAAAGCCGGUCAUUAUCAGUGCAAUAUUCCAGAAUGCGUUAAUCUUAUCUUCCAUUCGGCGAUGGAGGUAUCAAUACAUCGGGCUCAGACGCAUGGUACCCCGCUUUCGCCGAGUGUGAGCCAACUAUCUCCUCAUAAUCAAUUGUCAAACUCGCCACACAUGAAUCAGAAUUCGCCGCACUUGAGUCACUCGCCUCAUGCCGCGCCUGUGGAUGCAUCAUCAACAAACAGCUCACAGCAACAACAGCUCAGUAGAAACUCGCCAUUAACAUCGCCGCAUCAGACUAAUUCGCCAACAUUUAAUGCGGCUGCGGCGACGACUGCUGGCGCUACGGGCCAGCAGAUGCAAAUACCGCCGGUAAACUUUGAACAAUUACCACCACCAGUGCAGCAACUGGCCCAGCAAGUGCAACGUAUGCCUCUUCCACAGGCGCAAAUGCCUCCUAGUCUUCCUCCAGGUGCAAACACGAUGAUACCCGGGCCGAAUUAUUUUGUACAGCCACCGGGUCGACCGCCCUUGUACAGAGUACCCGGUCCGCAGAGUAUGCACUAUCCUCCGCACAUGGCGCACUUGUAUCAGUACGGACCGGGUCCUUAUCCUCCGAUAGCCGCGCCUCCUCCGCAGAUGCAUCCACAAUUGCCUCAGCAAAUUCCACGUGGGCGAUAUCCACCAUCGGCAUCCGUCGUUCAAAACAGCAGAGCACCACGGUUACCGCAGACUGGUUCGGUUCCUCGUCAGCGUAUGAAAAGGCCCAUGCAGCAAUCUGUGCAAGUUCAACCGCAAAAUAAUGCCGUAAAGCAAAGGCGUAUGGAUGUUCUACUGCCCGAUAGAAAUGAAGACGCGGACUGUCACGUCAUAGCGCAACAGAAGAGAAACGACGGAUUACCCGUUAUUCAAAAUGUUCAGGGAGCUACCACCCAACAAACCAAUAGAAAUGAUUCCACGAUACAUCUUACAGAUUCAAUUACUCUAAGUGUUCGACAACCUGGUUCUACCCCAACUCAAGUCCAGAGCACGUCAAAUCCAGGGGGAAAGAAAUCCGAUGCCAAGGCGGUGGCAAAUGUCCUCGCGGCUCGAGGUAUAACAGUUACUCCAGCUGCAAAUAAAAAUAAGACAAGUGAACAAAGCAAACAGCAGAUAUCUCCCCAGCAGCAGCAGCGGCCACCUCCUUCACAGCAGCCUUUAAAUGUUACAGCACUCAAUCUGAAUUCUGCUAUUUCUAUCAUACCAACUAGUUCACAAAGAAAGCAGGAGCAAGGACAGUUUGCUGUUCCGCAAAACAAACAGAAUAAAUCGCCGAUUAAUGAACCAGUUGAACGACCGCCGAGACCACCGACCGUAGACCUUACGCAGGAUACUCCACCGCAAAUGCCAGUCGUUAGACGUGGUCGUCCGCCCAGAGCGUUAUUAACGUGUCAAAUAUGUGAUAAGAACUUUCAAAAUCAAGACAUGUUGACACAACACAUGGCAACUCAUCGAACGACUAGCAAAUUGCUUCAUAGAUGCAACCUCUGUCCUGCUCAAUAUCCCACAGUUCAAGCGUUGACAACGCACAAACAAACUUAUCAUAAAGAAGUCGACACUAUGGCACAAAAUGGAGGCGCGGAACUGGCUUUACCGGUCGUGGAUUUAAAAUCGCCGCAUGUCUUAAACCGCUUGUCAAAUCUGGGCAUUCAAAGCUACAUACCAUUGUCGCAACUAAGUGCUCAAACUGGCGGUUACUUUGGUCUGCCGAUUAUCACGAUAGACGGUGCAAGAAACUCGAGUACCUGCAAUCUAGGUGCGCUUGGUGCUACCUCUAUAUUAAGUCUCGGUCCUCUUAAGCAUUUAUCAAACAGGUAACUGUGGACGCAUUUGGCCUAUUUCAUAUGUGCAAUCAUGCUCAUCUUUUAUUAUUAUUAUUCUCACAUUCAAAUCGAUUACUGUAUUGCCAUUGACCAUGACAUAUAUUGUCUUAAUCUUCGAAGAGAAAUGAUCGUGAUAUAGAGUUUAAGUAAAAUGAUUAUAUAAAUGUGCGAUAUAUCUUAUAUAAAGAAUAUACGAAAGUACACUUGUAUAAGUAUACUUGAAUGGUUUUGUAUAAAUAUACAAAUAUAUUAUAUUCUUUAUAUAAGAAAUAUAUAGAGAAGAUUUAUUUGAAAUUUUGUUUACCUUG